UUGGACAAGCAGAAGAAAUCUAUCUGGGGAAAGCUGUGUGCUCCUGGCCCUGCUCUGUGCUUCAGUUUAGAGCCUGCUUAUGGGUCCUCUCGGGAGCCUCUUUUUCUGGUCCGUCUUGCUCCUCUCCACUGCCAGUGCCCAGAAAGAAAAUGGGACCGUGCGCAGACUGCAGCCCUGGCUGAUGGGCCUCACUGCCGUGGUUGGCUUCCUCUUCAUCGUCUUCAUACUCAUGAUCAUCAACAGGAUCUGGUGCCACAAGAACAGGUCCGAUGAUGAGCCAGAGGCGUUCCAGGAUCCUUAUUACUCCAUGAGGAACACAGAGCAGAUGGGUCACACUAAUGAAGCUAUGGAGCCAGACUUCAAGGAGCAGAAAGAGAAGGAAGAGAUGAAAAUGACAUCCAUGUGAGGACUCCACCCAUCCUGACUUUUCUGCAAUCACCCCAUCUUCCUCCCAAGUGCUUCCUUUUGCUGCUCCUUAAGUCUCUCUUACUUAGGCUUCUGGCUGGGAUUGUGUCUGAGAUUUUCAUUCCCCAAUCCCUGAGCUGGGGCCUUCUCCCCACUCUAAAAAAUGAUUUAAAAGACAACAAUAAUAAAAGGUCCAAAUCCCA